AUGUCAACUGCCCAUAGGCCAACCUGGCACAAUGCUAUCGGUGUGGGAUUGGAAGAACGCGGUUCAACUGUAGCUGUUUCUAGUAAGGAUCAGCCUUCCCAUAGGGAAAUUAAAAGAAGAGCGCCCGUAAACGUGGAUGUGUCCGAUGAAGGAACGAAAUCGCAAAAAAUAAACGAGACUAAGCGUAAAUUAAGAGAGAAACUAGAGGAAACUGAGCAGGCACAUAAAACUAAAAACUUUAUAGAAGAUCGUGUGGGUGUAACCAAGAACUUUUUAUCCUUGGAGGACGCCACCAAGUUGCUCAACCAGGAUAUCAACGAGUUUCCAGAGGACGAGGAUGACUACGUUGAGCCUCAGGAGGCAGAGGACGAAGACGAGGAGGAGGCAGCCCUGCUCCGCGAACUGGAGAAGAUAAAGAAGGAGAAGGAGGAGAUCCGGCUGAAGGAGCAACAGGAACAACUGCAGUCUGAGGAGCACCGCCAAAACCUUCUCAGCAGAAACCCCCUGUUAAACUCAUCUAAGGUCGCAAGGUGGGACGAAGACGUAGUUUUUAAGAAUCCGCAAACCGAAGCAAAGGAGAAGCCCAAGUUCCUCAACGAUGUCGUGAGAAGUGAGUUCCACAAAAGGUUUUUGCACAAAUAUGUAUCAUAA